UAAUCAGAGACGGGGUUAUAUGCGUCGAUUAAUGGAAACAACAGGUGUUAACGUUGAUCCCACCAGUUCCGAUACCCAUGUGAGUAACAAUCCAAAUUCAUCAAAUCCUCCAUCGCCGACGAUAAGGAGGACAACCAGUAGCAGUUUGUCGCCGAGGACGAUGUCGUCUUCUCCGUUUCCGAUAAUCCGGUUCCUACAAGCGCCUGUUACUACUAUAAUCGAAUACUCGGGUGUUCUUCGACCUAGGUCGAACAACGAUUAUCAUGAAUCAGAAACCCUAAUUUCUAAUCAUCACCAUCAUGAUCAUAACUCGACUGGUUCCGGUCGUACGGCUAGUAAUACCAGUAGUAAUGGUGAUGAUAGUAAUGGGGAGGUUUCGAUUCGGAUAAUUGGUGGUCCAGACCAAGAAGAGGAACGUGGUGGUGAGGAUGGUGAACCGGCUGCCGUGAACCGUGGAGAUGGUGGUGGAGAAAGAGAGAUGGCUGAUUCCGGUGAGGUAGCUGGUGGUAAUAGUGGGAGUAAUAAUAACGUGGACUCAGCAUAUCAACAGCGGUAUGAUUUGCAGCAGGUUUCAAGAUGGAUUGAACAGAUUCUUCCAUUUUCUUUGCUCUUGUUGAUUGUUUUCAUUCGUCAACACUUACAAGGACUCUUUGUUACAAUCUAUAUAACUGCUUUCAUGUAUAAAUCGAAUGAUAUUCUACGAAAGCAGACCGCUUUAAAGGGGGAGAGAAAACUAUCUGUUCUUGCUGGCUAUUGUAUAGUUUUCAUGCUUCAUGUGAUUGGAGUUUACUGGUGGUACCAAAAUGAUGAUCUUUGCUUACCGUUGUUUAUGGUUCCGCCAAAAGCAAUACCACCAUUCUGGCAUGCUAUAUUCACCAUCAUUGUAAAUGAUACGAUGGUGCGGCAGGCAGCAAUGGGUUUUAAGUUGGUAUUGCUUAUGUACUAUAAGAAUGGAAGGGGCCAUAGUUUUCGUAGGCAGGGUCAAAUGCUGACUCUAGUUGAGUACACACUUUUGUUAUACCGAGCAUUCUUACCUGCUCCAGUCUGGUACCGGUUCUUUUUGAACAAAGAAUAUGGCAGCCUCUUUUCAUCUUUGACAACAGGCCUCUAUUUAACGCUAAAGCUCACCUCAGUUGUCGAGAAGAUUGGAUCCUUCUACACUGCAUUGAAGGCACUAUCAAGAAAGGAGGUCAACUAUGGAACUUAUGCAACACCAGAACAGGUGAGUGAGGCCGGAGACUUGUGUGCUAUUUGCCAAGAAAAGAUGCAGGCUCCAAUCUUGUUGCGCUGUAAACAUAUUUUCUGUGAAGAUUGUGUUUCAGAAUGGUUUGAAAGAGAAAGAACUUGCCCGUUAUGCAGAGCGUUGGUGAGACCAGCGGAUAUACGAUCAUUUGGGGAUGGUUCAACGAGUUUGUUCUUCCAGUUGUUCUAGUCUGGGUAUGCAGACCGUGUGCUUCCUUCAACGUAUACUCUUCGUUAAACGUUAUUAUGAGUAGAAUGAGUCAUUUUUUGGUAAUCUUUUUCCCCUCAAAUUGUACAGCACUUGUGCCUCAAUAUAUUGAUACACAUUACAUACAUACAUUAUAUAAUACAUGAGAGAGGAUUCUUUAA